CAUGCACCCGCGGCGCCCCGAGGGCUUCGACGGCCUGGGCUACCGCGGGGGGGGCCGGGAGGAGCCGGGCCCCGGAGCUAGGCCCUUCGGCAGCGCCUCGGAACUGGGCCACUGGGUGACCACCCCCCCUGACAUCCCCGGCAGCCGCAACCUGCACUGGGGGGAGAAGACGCCGCCCUACGGGGCUGGGACCCCGCUGGGGGGAGUCGGCCUCAACGAGGAGCCCAGCCUCGGGGCGGGCGGCCCCGGCGCCGAGCAGUUGAACAGAUUUGCAGGCUUUGGUAUUGGCCUUGCAAGCCUAUUUACAGAAAAUGUGUUGGCACAUCCUUGCAUUGUUCUACGUCGUCAGUGUCAGGUGAACUAUCAUGCUCGGAAUUAUCAUCUCACUCCAUUUACUAUUGUCAAUAUUAUGUACAGCAUCAAUAAGACACAGGGUCCAAGAGCUCUCUGGAAAGGAAUGGGCAGCACUUUCAUUGUUCAGGGCAUAACCCUGGGAACAGAAGGCAUCAUCAGUGAAUUUACACCUUUGCCAAGGGAGCUUUCGCAUAAGUGGAACCUCAAGCAGAUAGGUGGACACCUUCUACUCAAAGGUUUAACGCAUGUGAUAGCAAUGCCUUUUUAUUCUGCGAGCCUCAUUGAAACUGUACAGAGCGAAAUAAUUCGAGAUAAUCCUGGCAUCCUGGACUGCGUGAAAGAAGGAAUCGGCAGAGUUGUGGGCAUGGGAGUACCCCACAGCAAGCGUCUCCUUCCUCUGAUGGUCUUGACUUUUCCAACUGCUCUACACGGGGUUCUUCACUACGUCAUCAGUUCCAUCGUCCAGAAGCUUGUUUUGUUUGUUCUGAAAAGGGAUAAUUCCCCCAACCUUCCGACUGAGAGCUCUACUUCUGUGCAGAGCAUGCUGGAUGCGUAUUUCCCAGAACUUAUUGCCAGCUUUGCUGCCAGCCUUUGUGCUGAUGUCCUGCUGUACCCACUGGAGACAGUUUUACACCGCCUUCACAUUCAGGGGACACGCACGAUAAUCGACAACACAGACCUUGGCUAUGAAGUGCUUCCGAUCAAUACUCAGUAUGAGGGAAUGAGAGACUGCAUAAAUACUAUAAAACGAGAAGAAGGAAUGCUAGGUUUUUAUAAAGGAUUUGGAGCUGUUGUAGUACAGUAUACUUUGCAUGUGGCAGUUUUACAGCUUACCAAAAUUAUUUACUCAACACUGCUUCAAAAUGUUUCUUAAUCUGUUCAGGUGUGAACACGAAGUUUGAAGAAUCCACUCCAUGGGUUCUCCUUACACUGUAAAGAAACUUGUUUUAAAAAUGGGGAUAUAGAUACCUAAGUGUAAUUAAAAAAGUACUGUUUAAAUUUAUAGACACACAUUGAAUAUGUAAUGUGCAGUCAUACAGAAGGGGAUCGAGUUUCAGUUGUGGUUGGGGUGAGGAUUUACCUUUCUUCUUACCAGUUAACUGACUUAAGGAAUGGAUAUGAAUUCUUAAUAUCUGCUUUAUAAACAUCACAUCUGAUAUAUAAUUUGGACUGCUAGUCAGUUCAAAGGAAUUUAUUUUCAUAAUUGUAAGAACUUGCAUGUGGAAGUCUGAUGGAUUUACUGAUCUUUUAAAAAUGUUUUCAACUUCACUGUUAAUGGAGCUGUGAGCAAAAUAGGAACUGUAGAAGUAACCUAAGUCGACAUAAAUGUCAUAAUUAACAGGUACAUAGAAGAAUUCUUACUUUGCUGCGGUGUGGCACCAGACGACGAAGACAAAUCUUUUGCUUUAUACAAAAUAAUAAAAACUUGGGCUUGGGCGAAGUUGCACAGAAUGCAGACUUGGCUGUCUUGCAGUUUGUUUGCAAGGCUUACAUUAAUGGAAAUGUGUGAAUAAAGCAAAUUAGAAACUGAAGUGUGCAUGUGUAAGUGCCAUUUUUAGUCUACUUUCCACUCGUAACUUCAGGGUUUAGUUUUACUCUGCUACUUUGUGUACGAGUAGAAUAAUCUUACAAAUGUAUGUAGUAUCAGUGUUCAAAGUGUAUAGAAAGUGUAAAGAAUUAGUUGGCUCUUUCUAGCAUUUCUCUUUUGUUAGAUCAGAGAGGUAUGUACACAAUUAUCUGCUUACUAUCUGGCACUGAUGUCCUUCAUUCUAAAUCUCUGCUGGAUUAGAUAUUCUGUGGAGCAGAAUUAAGUCUGUUUAUGUGCAAGCAAACAGCUGAAAUGUACCAUAUCUGCCCUCUUCCCCUAGUAAAUCAAGACUUCCAGUCUGAAAAUGAAUUCUGAUCAUUCUAAAUAACUUAGUCCUCUCUUGGUUUCAUGAAUAAAUAUAAUGAAAUUUGGGGGGGCGGGGGGGUGGAUGACUUUUAGCAAAUAGAGCAUGUGGAGAGUCGCUUUUAAAUUGUACGAGAGGCUGCUGCCUUUUCACACUCAUGUGGCAAGUCUAUCUUUGUGAAUACUGUAAACUGAUGUGCAUUUUAAUCAUUAAUCAUUGUAUAGUAGUUAUCACUUAUGGAAAACAGUCAAGGCAAAAUACUGAAAAAGUGUUGCUGUUCAAAGUUCUGACUAAGUCACUUGCAGGUCUACUUUGCUGUUAUUAAUCUAACUUUCAUGUAUUUUAAAUGCAUAAGUGUUGAAAAAGUAUAGUGCACUUGGGAACUGGUUUUAUUUUGAAAUAUUGUUAAUGGCAAAUUUAGUGUAUAGAAUGGAAGCAAUGAAAUAAAAUGAGAAUUCACUAUAAA